AUGACUGAGGGCAGCAACUUCGAUUACCUGUUCAAGGUCGUCCUUAUUGGAGACUCCGGCGUCGGGAAGUCUAAUUUGCUCUCGCGGUUCACGCGCAAUGAAUUCAAUCUCGAGACGAAGUCAACCAUUGGUGUUGAGUUCGCCACGCGGUCGAUCAACGUCGACGGUAAGACGCUGAAAGCGCAGAUAUGGGAUACAGCCGGCCAAGAACGUUACCGUGCAAUCACAGCUGCGUACUACCGCGGUGCGGUCGGUGCGCUGCUCGUGUACGACAUCGCAAAGCACGCGACAUACGUCAACGUAACGCGGUGGCUCAAGGAGCUGCGUGAUCACGCAGACUCGAACAUUGUCAUCAUGCUUGUCGGGAACAAGAGCGAUUUGAAACAUCUGCGAGCGGUCCCCACAGACGAGGCGAAGGCAUUUGCAACGGAGAAUGGUUUAUCAUUCAUUGAGACGUCAGCGCUGGACGCUUCGAACGUCGAGUCCGCCUUCCAAACCAUCCUCACCGAGAUCUACCGCAUCGUCUCCAGCAAAUCACUCGAGCAGUCCGCCGACCCAAUCAAGCCACCGACGGGCGACUCCAUCACCGUGAGCCCGAGCGUGGACAACCACGCCCACCAGGGUAGCAAGUGCUGUUAA